GGAAACGGAAAAAUCCGAGCGGUUUCGUUUUGAAUUGAACCUUCCUCAACCUCAAGAAUGGGCGUGUGAACUGCGUUUUGCAGUACCCAUCAGAAGCAAAGCCCCAUACCCUCUCUCCUAUCAAUUGCAGGACUUGGAUGAAGAAGAAGAAGCUUGCGCUCUGUUCCACGCCAGAAAAUGGCUGCAUUUAUUUAUUCUUUUUCAAACCUUAAAAUCCUAAAAAGCCCACAGUUUUUUUGGUCUGGUUCUUCUAUUGAUUGGGAUUUUGUAGGAAAUACUUUGGAUGGGAAUUAGCCUUGUGAUUUCUAUUACAAGGUUACUACAAUCUUGUGAAUUUAACAAAUUAUGGCAAUUUGAGAUACCCCUUGGAUUGGAGCUAGUUGACAGAAUGCAUUGUGUGUGCGCGACAGCUAGUUGAGAGAAUGCCAGGUAAGAACUAGAAGGACUUCUGGGAGUUCUGCAUUUACAGUGCCCUGUCUAUUUUGUAUUACAAUCUUUUUGGCUGAUUUUAUACUGAGUUAGUUGGUUUUAGAUGGACAAUGUCAAAUGGCUCAUUAUUCCCAAGUUGUAAAUACGAACGAAUAAAACAUGUUUCUGGAAAUAUGAAAAUAUCACAAUACAUGGUGUGAUAAUGUUUAUGUAAGUUCAAAAUCUGAAAAAAAAUGAUCUUUCUAACACAAUUUAAACUUAAGAUAAAAGGCAUUUUUCCAGGGGAAGGUGUGAUGGCCACAAAAUGAAAGUAAAUAAGAGUAAAUUUAGAAGCAAUGUAAUACCCUUUGUUCUAUACUCACUUGAUGGUGUUAUUAAUGCUGAUGACUCUGAUUAGAUGAAAUGAGAAUAAUGACAAUCCCAGUGACUCGGCUUUCUGUGUUUUCCUUUACCCUCUCAGUGUAGGUAGGAAAAAAUGGCAACCAGACAAGAUGUUGAGAAGGGUAAUGACACUAUAACAAAGCCACUUAUUGGGCAAAAAAAAGAAGUACAAAUCCAGAGCAACAAUGGUGGACUAUGGGUGGUUCUUCUUAGUACAUUGGUUGCUGUCUGUGGCUCUUUCGAGUUUGGGUCAUGUGUAGGAUACUCUGCACCUGCCGAGUAUGGUAUAAUGGAUGACCUUGGGAUAUCUUACUCAGAGUACUCAUUUUUUGGGUCCAUAUUGACCAUUGGUGCAAUGAUUGGUGCUAUCACGAGUGGGCAGAUUGCUGAUUUUAUUGGUCGAAAAGGGGCCAUGGGGAUGUCGUCCAUGAUCUGUAUAGCAGGAUGGUUCACAGUCUACUUAUCUUUUGGAUCUUUUUCCCUUUAUUCUGGGAGAUUUUUACUAGGAUAUGGAAUUGGUGUUCUUUCUUAUGUGGUACCAGUCUUCAUUGCUGAAAUAACACCUAAGAAUCUUCGAGGAGCACUAGCAACAGCAAAUCAGCUCUUUAUUGUCACUGGCCUGUUCAUUGCCUAUGUUAUAGGUGCAAUCGUAACAUGGAGGAUAUUGGCUUUAACAGGAAUUGUCCCAUGCAUGGUUCUUCUCGUGGGUCUCUUUUUCAUUCCAGAGUCCCCUAGAUGGCUGGCAAAAGUUGGCAAUGAGAAAGAAUUUAAACUUUCACUACAAAAGCUUCGGGGCGCAGAUGCUGAUAUUUCUGAAGAAGUGGCUGAAAUCCAAGAAUAUAUAGUGACUCAUGAGCUCCUCCCUAAAGUCACAAUAAUGGAUUUGCUUGGUAAACAAAACAUCCGCUCAGUCGUUGUUGGAGUUGGUUUGAUGGUUUUUCAGCAGUUUGGAGGAAUUAAUGGAAUUGUAUUCUAUGCUGGUCAAAUCUUUGUAUCUGCAGGAGUCCCUCCCAAUGUUGGAGGCAUUCUUUAUGCUUGUCUACAGGUCAUUGUUACUGCAUUUGGAGGAAGCUUAAUUGACAGACUUGGGAGAAGACCCCUUUUGAUAGUUUCUGCAUAUGGUAUGCUUCUUGGCUGUCUAUUAACUGGAACUUCCUUCCUUCUAAAGGCCCAUCAGCUGGCAACCAAUUUGGUUCCAAUCCUUGCAGUGACUGGCAUUUUGGUUUAUAUAGGCUUCUAUUCAGUAGGAUUAGGAGCAAUUCCUUGGGUUAUAAUGUCUGAGAUCUUCCCACUACACAUAAAGGGAACUGCUGGAAGCCUAGUGACAUUAGUGAAUUGGUGUGGUUCUUGGGCUGUAUCCUACACUUUUAACUUUCUCAUGAAUUGGAGCUCACACGGUACAUUUUUUGGAUAUGCAUUUGUUUGUGCAGCAGCCGUAGUAUUCAUAGUCAUGCUGGUACCUGAAACAAAAGGCCGAACUCUUGAAGAAAUUCAAGCUUCCAUGAACUGAUUAAUUUCAUAUAGAAACAAUAUAGUUACAAAUAACUGGUGCAUCUUUCAAUGGAGCCAUUUAGAAAGGAAGAUCAUUUGAUCUUUUCCAAAAUAAAAUUCAACCCAUCGAUUCUGUUGCAUUGUUCUAUGGCUUUUGUCAUCACUAUUACUACCUUGGUUCUGUAUUUCCGAGGAUCUACUAAGGUCUUUUUCUUGAUUUGCUUCUUCAAUAGGCUCAAUGAGAUAUCAUAUGGUUUGUCCCAAAUCAAACAAAUUCAAAGUAGUAGAUUGAAGAACCUUUUUGAGUGUAAA